AUGAGUGAGGACACCAAGUCGUCGCAGCCUGCGAACAUCAGCCGUGAUGGCGAGAAGAUUGCGGAUAUGGAGUAUUAUGAGCUCCUCCAAGUGCGGGGUGACGCCACGGAGCUUGAACUCAAGAAAGCGUACCGCAAGGCGGCCAUCCGCAACCACCCCGACAAGGGUGGCGACGAGGAGACGUACGUAUGGCACACUGACGCCAGCUUCAAGCUGAUUGGUGAGGCAUACCGUGUCCUGAGCGACUCGAAUCUUCGAGCCGACUAUGACCGCUACGGCAAGAAGUAUGUUGAAACCGACCGAGGAGGUCGGACUGAAAGAGGCUACAGAGAUGGUGCGUUUCGUCGGCUGACCGUGCAGUUUGGCCAGCUGUUUGGUGGUGAGCGCUUCGUGGACUUGAUCGGCGAGAUCAGUCUCAUCAAGGACUUUAGCCGCGCCUCGGAGAUCAUGAUGACCGACGAGGAGCGCGAGGAGAUGGAGCGCCAGCUACGCGAGCACAGCGCUGGCGAGGGCGCCAGCGCCGACGCCGGUGCGUCGGCCGAUGCCGGCGCGCCCGCGGACGCUGCGGCGGGCGCCGCCCCGUCGGAGGUGGCGGCGGCGAGCAAGCCGGAGAAGAGCGGCAAGCACAAGAUCUCGCCGGAGCAGCGCGAGAAGCUCGAGGAGUUCGAGAAGGAGAAGGCAGAGAAGGAGCGCAAGCGCGUGGCUGACCUCACCGAGAAGCUGAAGGACCGCAUCCGGCCGUUUGUCGAUGCGCGCAACCCCGGCGCGGCCGACGACGCAGAGACGCAGGUGUUCCUCUCGCGCAUGCGCGAGGAGGCCGAGGACCUGAAGCUCGAGUCGUUCGGCGUGGAGCUGCUGCACACGAUCGGCGCCGUGUACCUCACCAAGAGCAACACAUGGCUCAAGACCAAGCGCGGCCACUUGCUCGGCAUGUCCGGCUUCUGGAGCCGCAUGAAGGAGCGCGGCGGCAUGAUCAAGGAGACGUGGAACGUCAUGGGCAGCGCCGUCAACGUGCAGAUGAGCAUGGAGGAGCUCGCACGCCGCCAGGAGAAGGGCGGCCUCACCGACGAGGAGCUCCAGCAGCUCGAGCAGGACGUCAAUGGCAAGAUGCUCCUGGCCACAUGGCGCGGCACGCGCUGGGAGGUCUCCGGCGUGCUGCGCCAGGUACUCGACAAUGUGCUCAACGAGAAGGGCGUCGGCGAGAAGACACUCAUGCUCCGCGCGCGCGCGAUUGCUACGCUGGGCGCUAUCUACCGCGACGUCGUGCCCGACGAGUCGGACGACGAGCGGCGCGAGCUCGAGCGCCUCGUGGCGCAGGCCGCUCAGAAGAAGAAGCGGCGCAACAAGGAACACUCGCGCCUGGGCUUCCUCCGUAGCUAA